GUAAGAGAAGGCUCUCUGUUUGAUGACAAUAUUCGGUAUUUCAUUUUGAUGUUCCGGGCUGGAAUUAUCCACUCCCAGACGAUAGACGGGAUUGACUUUGACGGUUCUGAUCCCAUGGAGGAUAUAUAUCAGCGCAAGGUGAUGAUGAUGAUCGAUUCACAAAGAGACUCUUCCAUGAGUGAUUUUCCCUUUGAUGGAUUUGGUGAUUUACCCAUGUCUGACACAAGGUUGAUGCACUUUAACUAUGAGUACCGUGUUCCUGGGUUUCGAAAUCGUGCUUUGGUCUAUCGUUAUGCCGAGUUGGGGAUUCAUCGUUACAAUCUGUUGGAGGGUACUGACUGGGAACUCUUUAGUUUAAAGAGUUUCAACAAGGGAAUGAAUCCCUGUGCUGCCCCCUACUUUCUUACCAUGGAAGCAUUCGAUCCAGUUUCUUGGCAGUUACAACCAUUUCAGGCUCUAGUCUGUGAAAAAGCUCUUGGUGUUUUAGAUAUCUCGGUCGACAUAGCUAGACCUCGAGGUUUAGAGGAGCCGUCUCCACUUUGCAAACAAGGCUGCGAACUUAGUUUACCUCUGCCUCCCUGGCCCUCCUCAACUGAUACCCAGCAUUUUUACAUGUUGGAGGAACAUGAGCUGAGAAACACUCCUUGGGUUCGUUUGUAUAUGGAUCUUGUACAUUGUACCUCGAGUAGGUGUAUGUCUAAGAGUCGGCUCUCUGAUUUUCAUAUUCUCCAAGUGACCAUUGGAAGUCUCGAUGAUGCAGAGCCACCGAGAAUCAACUCCACAAAUGCUGUCGUUUACAUUAUCUACAGAGACUUGGUCAAGUUUCGGGGUGGUAAGCCUUCCGAGCUUAGAGCAAUCAUUAGACGUGUGUACGACGAGUCUACGAGGUCAUUGAGUAUCCAGGGUAAGCACUGGAACCCUUCUGAGAAGAAGGAAAAGAAGAGAGAGAAGAAGAAUAAGAAGAGAUUUGCUCUGCUCAAGAAACGUUUAGGUGUUUGGGGAGCCUGGCGUUUGAGGCUCGAUGUCUACAGGAAACAAACGCGCACUGGUUGAUCAGAAUGAUUUAUCCGAGUACUACUAUGUUAUUGCCAUGGCACCAGCGUACCCCGCUUACAUGGUUCCACUUUUUCUUUGCAGUUGAUCUUAGAUGCUUACCCAAUCACCUUUUUUCAAACUUGUCAGUUAUUUUGGUUUUGGUCGAUUUUAAUUAUUCGUUUACAGGAAGAAUCUUGGCAGCCUGUAAAUGAUCAAAACAAAAGUCAGCUAAUCCCUUCGAUC